AUGGGCUCCUUGUUCAGGAGUGAAGAAAUGACCUUGUGUCAAUUAUUUCUUCAAACAGAAGCUUCAUAUGCCUGUGUAUCAGAAUUAGGAGAACUUGGUAUCUUCCAGUUUAAAGAUUUAAAUCAGAAUGUAAAUGCUUUUCAAAAGAAGUUUGUUAAUGAAGUCAGAAGAUGUGAAGAAAUGGAAAGAAAGCUUAGAUAUAUUGAAAAGGAAAUAAAGAAAGAUGAACUUAAGAUUCCUGAUUUUGGUGAAAAUCCAAAAGCUCCAGCUCCCAAAGAAAUGGUUGACCUGGAGGCACAGUUUGAAAAGAAUGAAAGUGAACUAAGAGAAGUUAAUACUAAUGCUGAAGCAUUGAAGAGAAAUUUCUUAGAAUUGACAGAAUUGAGAGAAGUUUUAAAGAAGACACAAACAUUCUUUUCAGUUGUAAAUUUACCCAAUAUAGUUGGUGAAGCCCAACAUGCUUUAGUAAUAGAGGAAUCUGGACCUGCACAAGCUGUUCAAUUAGGAUUUAUUGCUGGUGUCAUACCAAGAGAGAAAGUUCCACCAUUUGAGAGAAUGUUAUGGUUUGCCUGUCGUGGUAAUGUAUUCUUAAGAUAUGAAGAAAUUCAACAACCAUUAGAAGAUCCUCACACUGGAGAAGCUAAGCAUAAAGCUGUGUUUAUGAUAUUUUUCCAAGGAGAACAAUUGAAGGCCCGUGUAAAGAAGAUUUGUGAAGGAUUUAGAGCUGCUCUGUAUCCAUGUCCUGAGUCUACCCAAGAAAGACAAGAGAUGUUACGUGGUGUAACAACAAGACUAGAAGAUUUAAAAAUGGUUUUGAAUCAAACUGAGGACCACAGAAGAAGAGUGUUGGUAGGUGCUCAAAAAGAAAUUCGCAACUGGAUAAUUAAAGUUGAAAAGAUUAAAGCUAUCUAUCAUACAUUGAAUAUGUUCAGUUUUGAUAUAUCCCACAAUAGUUUGAUUGCGGAAGGUUGGUGUCCUGUACAAUCAUUGGAAGAAGUUAGAAGAGUUCUCAAGGAAGGGGAGAAACUAAGUGGAAGUACUAUACCCAGUAUUUUACAUCCUUUAAAAACCAAGGAAGUACCACCAACUUUCUUUAAGACUAGCCGAUUUACACAGGGUUUCCAGAAUAUUGUUGAUGCUUAUGGUGUAGCCACUUAUCAAGAAGUCAAUCCAAUGCCUUACACCAUUAUCACAUUUCCAUUCUUAUUUUCUGUGAUGUUUGGUGAUGCUGGUCAUGGAACCUUGAUGUUUUUAUUUGGAUUGUGGAUGGUUAUUAAAGAAAAGAGUCUUUUGUCUCAAAAAUCUAACAAUGAGAUAUGGAAUACAUUUUUUGGUGGAAGAUAUAUAAUAAUGUUGAUGGGAUUAUUUUCUAUCUAUACUGGAAUGAUAUAUAAUGAUGCCUUCUCUAAAUCAUUUAAUAUAUUUGGUAGUGCUUGGCAUUCCACAUACACUGAUGGUGAUUUACAAGGUGAUGGUGAAACAGCUACAUUAGUUUUAGAUCCAGGACCAUUUUAUCGUAAUGGUACACCUUAUCCGUUUGGUAUUGAUCCUAUAUGGCAGUCGGCUAAGAACAAAAUCACUUUCUUAAACUCGUUUAAAAUGAAAAUGGCUGUGAUAUUGGGAAUAAGUCAGAUGGUAUUUGGUGUAUGUUUGAGUAUAUUUAACCAUCUACAUUUUAAAAUGAUUGUAUGUUUAUUCUGUGAGUUUCUACCUGAGUUGAUAUUUUUACUGGCUUUAUUUGGGUAUUUGAUUUUUAUGGUGUAUUAUAAAUGGUUAGUGUUUGAUGUAACUGAGUCGGGAUGUGCUCCAGCUCUUCUCAUUCAAUAUAUAAACAUGUUUAUGUUUAAAUAUGAAGAUGCUUCAGAGAAAACAGACUGUGAUGUUCAGGCUACAUUCUAUGAAAACCAGCAAACAAUACAAACUAUAUUUGUUAUUAUGGCUGUAUUGUCUGUACCAGUUUUAUUACUAGUAAAACCAUUCUAUUUACGUUCUUUACAUAAUGCUAAAACACACCCCCCUAAGGUGGAGAAAGAUACAAGUAAAUCAGUUAAUGGCAAAUCAAAACCAGUUGGUGAAGAUGUUAAAGUGAGUUAUGGUCAUGCUUUAAUCAACCAUGGUGAAGAUGAGGAAGAAUUUGAAUUUAGUGAAAUAUUUAUUGAACAGGCUAUUCAUACAAUAGAAUUUUGUUUAGGAUGUAUAUCACAUACUGCUUCCUAUCUUCGAUUGUGGGCCUUGAGUUUAGCUCAUGCACAAUUAUCUGAGGUAUUAUGGACUAUGGUACUUCAUAUUGGACUGUCUAUGGAUAUGCAGUAUCUAGGUGGUUUGAUUAUAUUUGUGGUUUGGAUGUUUUGGGCUAAUCUUACUAUUGCUGUAUUGUUAGUCAUGGAAGGAUUGUCUGCUUUCCUGCACACCCUCCGAUUACAUUGGGUGGAAUUCCAGAGUAAAUUUUACAGUGGAAAUGGAUAUUUAUUUCAACCAUUUGGAUUUAAACAUAUUUUAGACAUUGAUUCUUUACAAGAAAUAAAGUAA